GCUCCUCCCCAAGCCCCGCAGAACGAAGGAUGCAGAUCCCCGUUUUGCAGGUGGGGUGGGUUGGUGGGACACAGGCGGCUUGCCCAGCGUCGCGGAGGACUGGAUCGUAGCCCUGCUGCAAAGUUUGCGUUAGUCCCCAGCUGGGUACUGUGCCCCAAGUGUGAACUCCCACAUCUACUCCUGGAGGGGCUCUGCCAUCUCUUGCAGCACAAGGUAAAAUGAACAAGAUGAAAAACUUCAAGCGGAGGUUUUCUCUCUCAGUUCCUCGGACAGAGACCAUUGAGGAGUCACUGACAGAGUUCACAGAGCAGUUCAACCAGCUCAACAACCGGAGGAAUGAAGACCUGGCUCAAGGGCACCUGCAGCUGGGACACCUGGGCAGGGAUUUCCGAGCUGGCACCACCCCUAUCUCCUCCUCCGAAGUGGAAGGCCAGUCCCCGAUGGCUGUGCGCUACCGAAACAACAACCAGCGCCGCUUCUCCAUGGAGGAUGUCAGCAAGCGUCUCUCCUUGCCCAUGGACAUCCGCCUGCCCCCAGAGUUCUUGCAGAAGUUGCAGAUGGACAGCCCGGAGUUCCCCAAGCCGCUCAGCAGGAUGUCCCGACGGGCUUCCCUCUCAGAUAUCGGGUUCGGGAAGCUGGAAACCUAUGUUAAACUGGACAAACUGGGAGAGGGCACUUAUGCCACUGUCUUCAAGGGGCGCAGCAAGCUGACAGAAAAUCUUGUUGCACUGAAGGAGAUCCGCCUGGAGCAUGAGGAAGGGGCACCUUGCACAGCCAUUCGGGAAGUGUCCCUGCUGAAAAACCUGAAGCAUGCCAACAUCGUGACCUUGCACGACAUCAUCCACACAGAGCGUUCCCUCACCCUCGUCUUCGAGUACCUGCAAGGCAAUGACCUCAAACAGUACCUGGAUAACUGUGGGAGCCUGAUGAGCAUGCACAAUGUGAAGAUCUUCAUGUUCCAGCUGCUGCGUGGCCUGUCUUAUUGUCAUGGAAGAAAGAUCCUGCACCGAGACCUCAAACCCCAGAACCUCCUCAUCAAUGAAAGAGGAGAGCUCAAGCUGGCUGACUUCGGACUUGCCAGAGCGAAGUCAGUCCCUACAAAAACAUAUUCUAAUGAGGUGGUCACGCUGUGGUACCGGCCCCCAGAUGUCCUGCUAGGAUCUACCGAAUAUUCCACACCCAUCGAUAUGUGGGGUGUGGGCUGCAUACACUAUGAGAUGGUUACUGGACGGCCCAUGUUCCCUGGCUCCACAGUGAAAGAAGAGCUGCAUUUAAUCUUCAGGCUGCUGGGAACCCCAACAGAAGAUACCUGGCCUGGAAUAACAUCCAGCGAGGAGUUUAAGGCUUACAAUUUCACGCAGUACCGAGCCCAGCCGUUAAUAAAUCACGCCCCAAGGCUGGACUCAGAAGGCAUUGACUUGCUGAUGAACCUCCUUCUGUACGAAGCCAAAAGCCGGAUUUCAGCGGAGGCAGCUCUGCGGCAUGCUUACUUCAAGAGCCUUGGGGAACGGGUACACCUCCUCCCUGACAAUGUCUCCAUCUUCUCCCUGAAGGAGAUCCAGCUUCAAAAGGACCCGGGCUACCGAGGCUCAGCCUUUCAGCAGUCAGCCCGAGGGAAGAACAGGAGGCAGAGUAUAUUUUAAACCUGGAUCUCAUGUUCCCCUUGUCGCCAUGGAGAUCAAAGCACUGAGAAAGGAGACAGCAACACGCUCCCACCUGACCCAUCGCAGAAUUAUUGACUCGAGCAGGACGAUGCUGAAGCACCCUUGGCCGCAGGCUCUCUUCUGCUCAUCCCCACAACCCUCUCCCCACCACCCUUCAGCUCCUGGCAGCUGUUGUCAAAAGAGCCGCGGCCUUCCUCCCCUCUUGUUUUCCUGUUGCACCCAUCAGACAAGAGCUGCUACCCUCUGUGUGGGUGCUUUAGAGAUUAGUUGCCCUGGGCAUUGCCCUGAGCUCAGGGUGCAUGCUGGCCCUGAGGGAACCCGCUUGCUGCGCUCAGGGAGGUGAGCCGGAGGCAGGGAGGUUUUGUGAGCAGAGGGUGGUAUCUCCAAGAGCUGGGCAGUGGCCAGGUCAUGGUACAUUGUGUCUGUCCCAGUGGCAUUUCUGGCAACGUACUUUUGCUCAGACAACCUGCUCUGCACUCUCUGUCUCCUGGGGAGACACUUUGCAGCCACCUUAGGAGUUGGGGGCAUGACCCAGACAGGCACUGGGGAGACUGAAACACAAAAAAUGGGGUAGCCCUCCCUCAUUUUCCCUUGCCCCUGCCUACAUAACCCUUUUUCUCUCCUUAUCUCUGGACCUGAAUCCUGACUGAAGGAUGGAGUGGUUGGGAGGAAGGGGGUUCCUGUUGCUUCCCCCAACAUCUCCUGCUCCUGGCCAGCAUUGCAUUUCUAAAUUUGGUCAGCCGGCUGGUCUCCAGAGGCAUCUCUAGCUGAGAAUGAGGGCUCGGUUAGCCUGCCUGGGAUGCAGGAUGCCUGUUGGUAGAGCUGUGCAGAAGCAGGGCCAAACACGCACACCGGGUUCGCGCUGGUUUCCAUUGCCGCGCUGAGCCCUUCGUUCAGCCUUUUCCAAGGCACUGAUGGAGCAGCCCAUUUCUCAUCCCCGGAGCCUGCCGCCCUGCUAGCCCACGACCGUCUCCGCUGUUGUCAUGAGGGAAAGGAUGCAACUCCCAGACAGCAUCUCAGGAGCGUAUGAACUGUUCUUCCCACCUAGCCAUCUCUGAGCUCCGUGCAUGAUGUGGCAGAGCCUGAGCCACUCAGCCUCGCCGUACCAAAGUGUUGCGCACACCCACCUCAGUGCAUAUCUACCUAGAGGAAGGGGGAGAGGUGCCAAACCUCCCACAGCUCAGCUGUGGGACCAGAAAUAGACCCAGAGCGAAGCAGAAGGCAUGCCUCAAACCUCUUCACAUGGCCUCUACAUCACUGAAAUCCUUUUGUACCGAACGCCAGAUCAUACCAGCCCUGACUCAGAUACAUGCAGUGGGACUGAAGUGCAUGCUUAGAUCUGAACGUGCUUUGCUGGCUGAGGACUAUUUCUGGUGCAUUUUCCCCUCUGUACGUUUCAGGAACAUGCCAAAUCCAGGGCGAAGAGGCCCUGCUUAACCUCUCCCUCACAACUUACAGUCUGAAACGUCUUCAAGUAUGAGUGUGUUGCGGGAAGUCCUUCUUCUGUAUAAUAUUCACAUCUCUUUCUUGCCUCUCCUGGAUGACUGCUCCUCUCACUCGUCACUCCUCCAGCCCUGGGAAGUGGCUGGGAGUCCCUUGACAUGACAGGCGCUGUGACCCUGUCAGUGGAAGUAGGAUUGGCAGGAAAUGCCAAUGUGUUAACCCAGCCCGUACAGCUCCCAGCCUGGGAGGCGUUGCUCAGGGGAUGGUAACCCUCCAUGCCUUUGCUUUCCUAGUGAGCAGGGAGCUAGAGCCCCCUUUUUCCACGUGGCACUUCUGUGAUUCUCUGAAAAUGCAAAGUGUGAGGAUAACCCAGGAGAUCCCAAAGUUCCUCAAGGCUUCGGGAGGCGACUCUUCCCUGUGCCAGUGCUGAGUGCGACGCGCCAUCCGAGUUUCUCUCAUCAGACCAAAGCUGUUAAGUUGGGCUUGUCCUAGACAAGCAUCCAGACGUCUGCAUUGUUUGAGGUUUGCCCAUCCCUGCUCAGUUCCUUUGUCGGUAUGUCCAGUGUACAGCAGGCUGAAUAGUUCAUUAAUUGUUUCCAUUUGAUAGGGGAGAGCAUGAAUAGCUAUCAGCCACCAGUGACGCAUUCCACCCUGAUACAGGCACAUGUAAAGGGUGGUAUUUUGCCUGGUUUCAUAUGGCCUGCUUCUGCUGCAUGGGGCUUUUUAAAAGAGCAUAAGUGAGGGAGGUUCACAAAGGGAGGUGUUGGCUGGAGUAAGCCUGAAGUCUCACAUCGUCAUCUUUUCUUUCACAAAGGCAUUUUAUGCAGGAAUUUCCUUGGCCUAGUGGGGAUCUGUGCAGCAGAGUUGCACUUUCCAGGGCAGCCAGCUCCUGUCACGAGUUAGCAGCUCAGCUCCCAGAGGCUCCUGCUCCCGCGUGGCAGCGUGCUCAGGUACCGGUGGUGACCAGCGCUGCUGUGCUCAGGGGCCAGCGAUGGGUGAGCACAGAUCGGACACGGGGAGCAGGAAACCACUCCACCCGCUCUGGGGAACACCCUUUCAGGAUGUCUUCAGCCUGCCUUUGUCUGGUUUUCUUUCCUGGUUUUACCAGCCCCAUGCUCCAAGAUUGCCUUGGCCAGAAGGAGCCACGUGCACUGGGGCAUGGGGUGCCCAGCUGAGCCUUUCUAGUUUCCUGCUGGGAGGAUGGAGGGGUUGUUUCAGCUCUGGGGGACUUGUAGGUGGUGCAGAGCUGUCUGCAGGCAUGUGAGGGGAGAGAGGGACUCUUGCUACCUGCUCCCCUAGAGCUCCUGGAGGUGGCAAGAGCUGAGCACCUUGAAGUCAAUCCCACUAGGUCUGGUGUGGUUUCGGUUCUCCCCAUCGGACAGCUCUUGCUCCUGAAAGGCAAGGUCACCUCCUGAAACAGCAUCACGAUACUGGGGGAAAAGGUUGGAGAAAAGACCUAGCAAUGACCGUGUAGACAGCACUGCUUUGCCCAUGAUCAGAUAGCAUACAGAAAGGCCCUGCUAGUUGCUGUUUAUUCUUUCAUAGCCUUUGCCUUUUCUCCUACAAAUCCUUCCUGAAGGAGAUCUUUACGCAGAGGCACUAUUAUUUAUUAGCCCUAUGCGCUACUAACAGCCUGAAUUUAAGAUAACCCCUUUUGUUCCACUGCAUUUGGUGGAUAUUUGAUUCCUAUUCAGGAGAGCGAUAGUGUGUGUAAAUAUUUGGCACCCCACUGAGCAAGGUUUGAUUUAUAAGCUCCUGUUGCUUCUGCACUUGCACGUGUUGGCUGGCAGAGCCCCGAGUGUGUGAUCUCCAGGCUCCCGUGGCACGCAGCCCGCAAAAGCC